UACCCCUGAGGUAACAUCUGUUUUGACCGAGACCUAAUAGCAAACACUGUGUCUUCACGCGCCGUGCGUUGUGCAAAAAGUUGGCGUCAAACAAACUUUAUCUUUCUGCUGAAAGACCCUUGACAGGUGCCCACCAGCCCCUCAAUGAGCUCUAGACAUCUAUGCGGUUGCUUUAACUGUCAAUUCCACGUCGCAGUGGACGAUUUUCAGCCAUUCUGACUAUAUACGCGAAAGGAUCCUGUAGUUUCCCAAGAAAGACGACGCAUGAACUCGGGAAGUAAACCUGUGCGGCUCGAAAGCGGACUAUCGUCGGAAUACAAACACUUUUAUUGCUCUGGCUUCAUUUCAUCUUCCUUCGUUUUGAUUUGGAGGAAACAUGGCUCGAAUGCUGAGCAAGGAGCUGCCUGAUAUCGAGAGUAUCCUGGCCUUGAACCCUCGGGUCCAGACUCAUGCUGCGCUCCUCUCUACUGCGACGAAGAAAAUGGAGAAAAAACACUGGAAAAGAAAUGGAGAGAAAGGCUGUGAGAGCUGCGUGAAGCUAGAGAACAAUUUUGAUGACAUCAAACACACGACUCUGAGUGAGCGUGGAGCACUUCGGGAAGCGGUGAGAUGUUUGAAGUGUGCUGAUGCACCAUGUCAGAAAAGCUGCCCGACUAAUCUGAACAUAAAGGCCUUCAUUACUAGUAUUGCAAACAAGAAUUAUUAUGGGGCGGCAAGGACCAUUUUUUCAGACAACCCACUAGGUUUGACGUGUGGGAUGGUGUGUCCCACCUCAGACCUUUGUGUUGGGGGGUGCAACUUGUAUGCGUCUGAGGAAGGACCCAUCAACAUUGGGGGACUGCAGCAGUUUGCCACUGAAGUAUUCAAAGAAAUGGGUGUUCCUCAGAUACAGAAUCCCAAUCUCAUGCCUCCAGGUCAGAUUCCCGAGAGCUAUCACUCUAAAAUAGCUCUGAUUGGCUGUGGGCCUUCCAGCAUCAGCUGUGCCUCUUUCCUGGCCCGCUUGGGGUACGACGACAUCACCAUUUUUGAGAAGCAGAGGUUCAUUGGAGGACUGAGCUCCUCCGAGAUCCCGCAAUUCCGCUUGCCAUACGAUGUGGUUCAGUUCGAGGUGGAUUUGAUGAGAGACCUAGGAGUGAAGAUCGUCUGUGACCGAGGACUCGGCCAAGAUGGAAUGACUCUGCUCUCUCUAAAGGAGGAAGGAUACAAAGCUGUCUUCAUUGGAAUCGGUCUUCCUCAAGCUAACAGACACAAGCUCUUUGAUGGCCUCUCCACAGAACAGGGUUUUUACACAUCGAAGGACUUUCUCCCCCUCGUUGCGAAAGCCAGUAAACCAGGGAUGUGUAGUUGUUACUCAGCGCUGCCGGAGCUCCGUGGUACUGUGAUCGUUCUGGGCGCUGGAGACACAGCCUUCGACUGCGCUACUUCUGCCCUCCGCUGCGGCGCCCGCCGUGUGUUUGUGGUCUUUAGGAAGGGAUUCACCAACAUACGAGCUGUUCCUGAGGAGAUGGAGCUGGCCAAGGAGGAGAAAUGUGAGUUCCUGCCCUUCCUGUCUCCACGUGAGGUGUUGCUAAAGGGAGGCCGGGUUCAUGGAAUGGACUUCUGCCGAACCGAGCAAACCGAGUCGGGACAGUGGGUGGAGGAUGAAGAUCAGACCAUACGACUGAAGGCCGACUAUAUCAUCAGUGCUUUCGGCUCUCUGAUGAACGACCCCGCAAUGAUCGAGGCCAUGGCUCCCAUCAGGUUAAACAGAUGGGGGCUUCCUGAGCUGGACCCAGAGAGCAUGCAGACUAGUGAGCCGUGGGUGUUCGCUGGGGGCGAUGUGGCCGGUCUGGCCAAUACCACCGUGGAAGCAGUCAAUGAUGGGAAACAGGCCUCCUGGCACAUACACAGAUACUUACAGUCCAUCUUCGGGCAGACGGUCAGCGGGCCGCCCCAGCUGCCUCUCUUCUACUCACCCAUAGACAUGGUGGACAUCAGCGUGAAGAUGUGCGGCAUCACGUUCCCCAACCCGUUCGGACUGGCUAGUGCUCCACCCACCACCAGCGCCGCCAUGAUCCGCAGGGCCUUUGAGCAGGGUUGGGGUUUCGCCCUCACCAAAACGUUUUCAUUGGACAAGGAUUUGGUCACCAAUGUGUCUCCACGUAUAGCGCGUGGAACCACUUCCGGCCCGCUGUUUGGUCCUGGGCAGGGCUCCUUCCUCAACAUUGAGCUGAUCAGUGAAAAGACGGCUGCCUACUGGUGCCAGAGCGUCACGGAACUCAAAUCUGACUUUCCUGACAAUAUUGUCAUAUCCAGCAUAAUGUGCAGCUACAACAAAGCUGAUUGGACCGUGCUUGCCAAAAUGGCAGAGGAGUCUGGCGCUGAUGCCCUGGAGCUGAAUCUAUCAUGUCCUCAUGAUGGGGAGAGGGGAAUGGGGCUCGCCUGUGGGCAGGAUCCAGAGCUGGUGCGGAACAUCUGUCGGUGGGUUCGGCAGGCUGUCCAUAUCCCGUUCUUUGCCAAACUCACCCCUAAUGUCACCAACAUUGUGGACAUUGCCAAGGCUGCACAGGAAGGUGGAGCAGAUGGUGUCACAGCCACCAACACGGUUUCAGGGCUGAUGGGACUCAAGGCAGACGGCUCUCCCUGGCCUGGCAUCGGCCGAGGAAGGCGCACCACAUAUGGUGGAGUGUCUGGAAAUGCCAUCCGGCCCAUCGCAUUGAGAGCAGUGUCCGCCAUAGCGAAAGCUCUGCCUGGUUUUCCCAUUCUGGCCACCGGGGGCAUCGACUCUGCAGAGUCUGGAUUGCAGUUCCUCCAUGCUGGAGCCACAGUGUUACAGGUGUGCAGUGCGAUACAAAACCAGGACUUCACUGUGAUUGAGGACUACUGCACUGGUCUGAAAGCCCUGCUCUACCUGAAAAGCAUCGAGGAGCUCCAGGACUGGGACGGCCAGUCGCCUCCUACGGCUCGCCAUCAGAAGGGAAAGCCUGUGCCUACGCUGGAAGUCAAAGGAAGGAGUCUGCCCAGUUUUGGACCGUACCUGCAGGAAAAGAAGGAGGUGAUUGCGAACCACAAGAAGAAACUGAAAGGCUACAGUGACGACACUGUUUCCACUGAAGGAACGAGAGUUUACACUCCCAAGGGUCCCGUGCCAAGAGUUAAAGAUGUGAUAGCCAAAGCUCUGAAACACAUCGGUGCCUAUCAAGAGCUAAACAUUCAGGAGCAAGUGCAGGCUCUGAUCGAUCCGGAGAUGUGCAUUAACUGUGGGAAGUGUUACAUGACCUGUAACGAUGCUGGAUACCAGGCCAUUGUGUUUGACCCUGAGACUCAUCUCCCCGCGAUUCAGGACAGCUGCACCGGCUGCACUCUCUGCCUCAGCGUCUGCCCCAUCAUCGACUGCAUCAAGAUGGUUGCCAGGACAACGCCUUACGUGCCAAAGCGCGGCCUCCCUCAAGUCGUGGAGCCCGUGUGCUGAGAGAAAUCCGAGACCAGAAAGAUAAAAAUGCCUACAUCACAGCAUCGAAUUUACCUCGUAAUUGCAGUGUGAAGAAUUAACUUUGUUGUGGGGUAGGGAGGGGGAGCAAAUAAUUAGAUUUAAAAAAAAUAAUAAUUGCCUUAUUUUCAGGAGCCAAUUAUCUAGAAAUAAUCUUAGGGGGUGUAAAGCGUGGUGUUAUUUUGAAACAAUAGCAAGGCAAUUUGUCGAGGUGAAGUUCCUGUCUCUCUUUCUCUGAGGGCUGAUGGGAAUGAAUCUGAGCAGUGGGAAUAAUGGCUGUUUAUGCAGAUGUGGGAAGACUGUGCUCUGCCUGAACGCUGUAUCCUUUAACAAGAGCCACAAUGAUGGAUCGUCCACUACAUCCACAACAGAAUGCAAUCACAUAUACAAGAGGUGGUGAUGGGAAAUGAGGAAAUGAAUGGAUUUUAAUUGAAUGGUGGAUGGUUUGGCACGGAAUCACACUCGACGUUGUUUUCCAAAAUAUAUGAUGAUUAGAAAAGGUUUGUUUGAUGUUAUACAUGCUAUAUUGUAUCCAAAAAGCCUGCAUACCUCUAAAACUAAACACAAAGUAUUAGUUAACCACUUUUAUUUCUAAUUGACAUUAAUGUCCCUUUAACCCUUAAUAACAAAUGUGGUUGAAUUUGAUUGCAUUAGCCAUCUGGAUGGGGUCAUUUAGAGAGCCGGUCUACCCUAGAAAUAUACUGAACAUUUAAGUAAAGGUCAUCUAUGACCAUUUCCAGACAUUAGAGAUGAAGACUAGCUGUUAUUCAUCUUGGACCCAAAAGGUCAAGUCUGACCACCUCUAUCUCAACAAAUACAGGGCCCGUCCAUACUGCACACAGACGAUCAAACAUGGUGAUGGCUGGUCAGGAUAGCUGAGCACUGGGUCAAUACUGGGUCAUAUUUCAGCAAUAUAUAUAUAUAUAUAUAUAUAUAUAUAUAUAUAUAUAUAUAUAUAUAUA